AUGCACGAAGUUCGUUGUCCCGUCAAUCUGCAGCAGCAGCAGCAGCAGCAGGGGCAGCAGCAACAGCAGAAUCCUUUGAGAAACCCAAAACUCCCGCUGGGAGCGCAGCACACGAACGAGGGCAGCCAGAGCCACAGCAGCACCAGCAGCAGAAGGGGCAGCAGCGACGGCAGCAGCAGCAGUAGCAGCAGCAGCAGCAACAGGAGCAGCAGCAGCAAUAGAAGCAACAACAACGGGAGCAGUAGCAGCAGCUGCAGCAGCAGCAGCUGCAGCAGCAGCAGCUGUAGCACCGACAGGGUCAAUAAUCCAUGUGGGCUCGUCCGUCAGCUUCUGGUUUGGAGCAACCGAUUCUGCAGCAGCAGCAGCAGCAAUACGAGAGAGAGCAGCAGCAGCAGCAGCAGCAUGGGGAGCUGCAGUCGCUGCAGCAAUGGCGGCAGAACACAAAUGAGCAGCAGCAGCAGCAGCAGCAGCAGCAGCAGCAGCAGCAGCAGAGGAAGCAGCAGCAGCAGCAGCAAAAAAUGCAACGGCACCGCAUCAGCAGCGACAAGCCAGCAGCAGCAGAGAGCAGCAGCAAUGAUAGCUAAUCUUCCACAACAGCAGAAGCAACAACAGGAGCAACAUCAGCAACAGCAGCAGCAGCAACAGCAGCAGCAGCAGCAGCGGUGCUGCUAA